AUGGAACAACCAGAGAAGGAAAUCCGGAAAAAUCGACUGAUUCCCACAUUCGAACACCUCGGAAAGAUAGUGCUAUCCAAAAAAGACGGUGGAUAUCUAUAUUUUUGUGCUGUUACAGCUAGUCUCUUGGUCUUCAGUGGCUGUUCCUGUAUAGUAUGGUCUUCUCCUGUGAUACCGAAGCUGAAGUCCGAAGAUGCAGAGGAAAACCCCCUUGGCGAACCCAUCAACACCUUGCAAAUAUCACUGAUAACAGGCUUGCCAUCGUUUGUAGCACUGCUGGGUAAUUUUGUGUUCGCCAAGAUGCCCAAUGCGUUUGGUCGGAAAACAACCAUGUUAUUGAUAUCCUUCGGAAUGUUGGCAUCGCUACUGUUAGUCGCUUUCGGCACUCACGUAUAUAUGUACUCAGCAGGCUUGUCUUUUCUUUUUAUAUGUGUUGCUGGUGUGUACGUGGCGCUACCUUUAUAUUUGAGCGAAAUCUCCGAAGACCACAACAGAGGCAGAAUACUAAGUCUCAUUGGAGUUUUGAUGCCUUUGGGAAAUCUCUACGGCUACCUCCUAGGCCCGAUAACUUCCGUUAGAAUGUUUACUUUACUUUUAGCGUUACCACUUCUGGUUCAUUUGUUCCUUGUGUUUAUGUAUUUACCAGAAUCUCCGGUGUAUUUAGUUUCGAAGAAACAGAUACCAGCCGCCUUGUGUUCAUUAAUAAAAUUAAGAAAGAACAAAAACUCUGUAGAAAUCGAAGAUGAGUAUUUUAAGAUAGAUCAGACUCUUAAAGCUAGAGAAAACUUCAAAGAAAGAGGAAUAAUGGAGUUGUUUACAAAUAGGAGUGUCAGAAAAGCCCUGUUGAUAUCUUUAUGUGUGAAUCUCACACAGCAGUUGUCAGGAGUUAUAAGCAUUUUGAAGUUUUUAGCUCCUGUUUUUAAUGAAGUCAGUACUUCUUUUUCGGGCAAUAAAGUAGCUAUUUUAGUAGGUCUUGUUAAGUUUGGCAGCUUCUUUAUAAGUUCUUGUUUAGUGGAGAAGUUAGGACGGAGACCUCUGCUGCUAACUUCUGCAUUUGGUAGUUGCAUUUCCUUGUUUUGCAUAGGUUUAUUUUUCUUUUUAAAACAGCAUACUUCAGUUACGAUAGACGACAUUACUUGGCUACCUAUUUCGUCAGUCCUGGUGUUCAAUUUCAUGUACGCUUUAGGAAUAGGAACCUUAUCAAUAACAGUAAUGAACGAGAUGUUACCUACAGAUGUUAAAGCAGUAGGUUCAGCUCUAGUUUUUACUAUUUGUUACUUAUUAGGCUCUUCCCAGGUGUUUCUCUUUCCGUUGAUUAGUGAACAUUUCGGAAUAUUUUACUGCGUUUGGUCGUUCAGUGUAUGUUGCUUAGUAGGGUUUGUUGUUAUGUUCAUUUUUUUGCCAGAGACGAAAGGAAAGAGUUUUCUAGAAAUACAGGCUAUUUUGGAAAAAUAA